AUGAAUAGCAGCUGCACCAGAAGCCUCAGGAAUCUGCUGGGAAGGCUCCUGUUGAGCCAGCAGCGACCAGCAGCAGCAGCAGCAGCAGCAGCUCGACACAGAAGCGCCAACAGCAAGAUCAACGCCAGGAGCAGGGAAGCUAGUGCCCCCGAGCUGCUGCAUAGGCAGGGCUACAGCAACAGCAGCAGCAGCAGCUGGAAUUUCUUCACGACCACUUUCUGUUUCUCGCUGCCAGGUGGAUCGGCUGCAGCAGGACUCAACAGCUGCUGCUGCUACUCAGCAGCAGCAGCAGCAGGAGCAGGAUUAGACCGCCGCCGCUACGCCACAGCAGCAUUCGCUGCUGAGGGAUGCUACGAGCUGACAGUAGAGGAGCCCCAGAGGGUCGUCUUGGAGCGUGUGGCCCUGCUGCUGCAGCAGCAGCAGCAACAACAGCAGCAGCAACAGCAGCAGCAAAAGCAGCAGAGAGGACAACACGGGCAAGCUAUUGAUUUCGAAGCCGUCCUUUCUCCUUCUGUGCUUCCGGUCCUGUCGCGGUUUGCCGCCGUGAGAGAAGACAUAAAGGCAUUGCGUUCGCUGCUGCUGGAGCAGCAGCAGCAGAGCCUCAGCAAGACUAGCAGCAACAGCAGCAGCAACAGUAGCAACGGCAGUAGCGGAGGUGAGGAGGGUGUAGACACGGAGUUGUUGGAGCUGCAGCGAGAGGAAGAUGCUGCUGCCGCGGAGAUAGCUCAGUUGCUGCUCCAGCAGGCCGAUGCAAUUGCUGCAGCAGCAGCCCAGCAGCAGCAGCAGCAACCAGCCAGCAAGAGGCAUCAAAGCCAAAUAGAGGACCGUCUAGAAGAAGUCAUGCUGGAGGUGAUAGCGGGCGUUGGCGGCGAAGAGGCUGCUCUGUUUGCUGCAGAGUUGUUCGAAAUGUAUCUCAUGCUCAGCAGGGAGAAGGGAUGGUCGUUUGAAGUUGUAGAGAGACACAAAAGCGAAGGAGGAGGAGUGAGGAGAGCAAAGGCACUCGUGUCAGGUGAGGGCGUAUGUGCGUUGCUUCCUUUAGAAGCGGGAGUACAUCGCGUGCAGCGAGUGCCCUCAACAGAUGCGAAGAAGAGACUGCAGACAUCAACUGCUGCUGUGACGGUGCUGCCCUGUCUCUCCGAGGCAGAAGUGGACCUGAGUGCAAGCAGCAUCCGCAUAGAGAAUAUGCGAGCCAGCGGCCCCGGGGGUCAGAGCGUCAACAAAAGCGAAACGGCUGUUCGCGUCACUCAUCUCCCCACGGGGCUGGCAGUCUGCAUGCAGGAAACCUCCAGCCAAGCGGACAACCGCAAGAGGGCUCUGGUGCUGCUGCGGCACCUGCUGCAGCAGCGCAAGCAGCAGCAACAGCAGCAGCAGCUACACGCUACUGCAGGGGCGCAGAUGGGCACCAAAGACCGCAGCGAGAAAAUUCGGACGUACAACUUUCCUGCAGACUGCGUGAGAGAUCACAGGUGUCUCCGCACAAUCUCCAACGUGAGGGCCUUCCUGCAGGCUGCUGAGGGGCUGCCGCUGCUGCUGCAGGAGCUGCAUGCGCAGCAGCAGCAGCACCAACUGUCGAAAACCCUUGAAACAUUGCAGCAACUGCUGCAGCAACAGCAACAGCAGCAGCAGCAGAAGUGA